AACAAUUUGGCGAAAUUCUGCUAUCAUCGACAAACAAAUUGCCUAAUCUUCCCUAUUUAAAUAACUGUUUUCGGGCGCCUUAUUCAGAGUUGUUUUGAACAUCCAAAUCUGAUCAUGAGGUUCAUUGCGAAGCUAUUGUUUCUGAUUGGGUUGUCCACUGUGCAGUCGAGCGACUGUAGCUAUAACAUUAGGAGAGGUAUUUCGUGUAGGGGCAUACAUUCAUUGGAUCAAUUAAGGAAAGGUAUUGAUGAAUAUGUUGUGAAAGAAAAAGUGGCAAUGGAAAAUUUCGUUGGUUUGGAGCUCGUAGGUAGCGACAUUGGAUUUCUUGGACCGAAUACUUUUGAAGGAUACGAGCAUUUAAAGCGUAUAAGGUUUGCGGUCAGUAAUAUAACUAAUAUCCCCAAUGGAUGCUUUAAACAUAUGAAGAAUUUAGAGGAGCUACACAUUGGGUUUAGCACAAUAGACAACAUUGAAGAUGGGGCGUUCAGCGACAUGUUCAAUUUGAAAAAACUCGCAAUUUUAGAAACGAGAGUACCACGUUUUCCCAAGAAGUCGUUUGUCGAUAUGCAUUCUUUGGUUGAAAUCAAUAUCCAUGGUAACCAUCUAGAAGAAAUUGAAGAAGGUGCAUUUAACAGCUGCCCAAAUUUAGUCCAAGUUUACAUUUUUGAAAAUUAUGGAAUCAAUCUUCCAAAGAACCUCUUUGAAAAGCUGACGUUACUCGAAAUACUGCACCUUAACAACAAUCACUUGGUUGAGUUAGAUAAGGACACCUUCAAGGGGUUAUCUAAUUUAAAAACCCUCCAUCUGGAAAGCAAUAAAUUAGCAACGCUAUCUCCAGAAGUUUUUCACGACCUAAGCUCCUUGGUAGAGCUGGACUUGAUGAAUAAUGGCAUAACAAAUAUCGAUCAAGGCCUAUUUGCCAACCUAAAAGCCCUUAAGAAACUCCAGUUUUCCAUGAACAAAAUCGAAAGCUUGCCGAAAGAUCUCUUCAAGAAUAAUCCGAAUAUAGAUACCAUCGACCUUUCGGAUAACGAAUUUAACAAAUUGGGCGACAUUUUCACGGGGGCCUCGAAACUGACUAGUAUUAAACUGAACAAAAAUCAGUUGGAAUUAAUUCCCGAUGGCAUCUUUUCUGGACUUUCUCAACUUUCGACGCUCGACCUUUCCGAAAACAAAAUCGAGAAAGUAACAUCUGGGAUGUUUAAAGGAUUAAGCGGCUUAGAAAAUCUGGAAUUAUACUCAAACAAAAUGCACACGAUUGAAUCCUCAUCCUUUGAUGAUCUAACUGCGCUUUCCAACUUAUACCUCGAGAAGAAUAAACUCAAAUCAUUUCCGUCGGGAUUAUUCGACAAAAACGUGGAGCUGGAGGUACUACAUUUAAGGAAGAAUGAGAUAGCGGAUUUGAAGAAAGGAAUCUUCGACCACUUGACCAAGUUAGUACGUUUAGAUUUAAAUGAUAACAAGAUUGAGCAUUUCGAAUCCGGCAUAUUCAAAAACCUGAAACAACUCCGGACUUUCUACUUUAGUGACAAUAAAUUACACAGUAUCACCCCAAAGAUGUUUGAAGGCUUGAGUUCGCUGCCGUACUUGCAUAUUACAAAAAAUCCAAUUAAGAACAUACACUGUGAAGCCUUUGAAGAUUUAUCGUCCCUAACAUCUCUGACAAUCGAAGAUAUUCACUUUGAUACCUUCACUCCUACCUGCUUCUCUAACGUGAAAACCUUGUCCUCUUUAACAAUUGGCAAAUCCAAACUAAAUAUGCUGAAAAAAGGAGAUUUCGCCAAGAUGGAAAACUUAAAAUUCCUCUUUCUGGAUGAAGAUCACAUCGAGGACAUAGAGCCGGGCACCUUCGAAGGACUUGCGGAACUGGAAACGUUGUCAAUGAAACAAAACCAUCUAUCUAAAAUCAAUGGAGAUAUGUUCGCCGGGCUUGCAAAAAUCGAAAGGCUAAUCUUGAGCGAUAACAAAAUUUCAUCGAUCCACUCCGAUACCUUUGAACUGUUUCCAAACCUGGAAACUUUGCGCUUAAAUGCUAAUGAACUUCAUAAGUUCAAUGGUGACGAAUUUGCCACAAUCCCAAAAUUGAGCACCUUGGACUUAUCGCACAACGCAAUCAAGAACUUACCAUCCGGCAUUUUCAAAACACUAACAUCGCUUAGGUCGCUUAAACUAGAUUCCAACAAACUCAAAGCGCUAAAAAAAGGUGCCUCACCCUCUGCACCUCAAUUGCAAUCCUUGACUUUGUCCGAAAACGAUAUUGACGAAAUCGAACCCGGUACCUUUGAGGAUUUCAAGACGCUCGCCUAUCUCGACCUCUCCAACAACACCUUGAAGCACAUUACAUCCGACACAUUCAAAGGACUGACCGGUAUAGUUGUACUUAACCUCCAGCAUAACAAGAUCUCCGACUUAAACCUAGACGUCUUCGACAGUCUUCAUGAACUCAAACAGGUUACUUUGGAAGGUAAUAAGCUGGAUGACGCCGUCAUUCAUGCAUUUGAGAAGAAGUACCCCUUACCAGAAAUUAUACCCUUGUAAUUCUUAUAAGUACUAAUAAAGUUUUGGAUUUGGA